AUGAGUUUUUUACCAAGCGGAUCUAAUCCAGAGACUAGUUUAUUCACAUGUAAUACAUGUAGUCUAAAAUUUGUUAAUGCCGAUUUACAGAGACAACACAUGAAGACAGAAUUCCAUAGAUACAAUUUGAAGAGAAGGAUUGCACAAUUACCUUCAAUAUCAUCUGAUGUAUUUGCUGAAAAAAUCUUAAGUUCAAAAUUAAGGUCAGACAAUAGAAAUGAAAAUGAAGAUGAAUAUGGGUUUUAUGUUGCAACUAGGAAGAAGAAGAACAAUUCAAAUAAACAAAAUUUGAAAAAUGGUUAUAGUAUUAGAAAUAAUUCAAGAGGUCGUUCUAUAGAAAGAAUAAUUACUGAAGCAAAAGAUUUUGCUGCUAUAGAAAGGAGUACAAGUCCUGCUGGUUCAGUUGCAUCGGAUUUUUCACAAUUUUCACUUAAUGAUUCUGAAGGUUAUCAUGAGAUUGAACCGAUACAUACUGGUUCAGAAUUAAAUUAUACGGAAUCAUCAGAUUUUACAGAUUAUGAAGAUCUUCAAAUGCCAUUAGAGGAUGAGGAAGAAGAAGACGAAGUUGAGGAUGAGGAAGAAGAAGACGAAGUUGAUGAUGAGAAUUUAGAGGAUGAAGAAGAACGAUCAAAAAUUAUUCCGAUCACGAAUUGCUUCUUCUGUGGUGUUGAAAAUGUGGAUACAGAAAGAAACAUAAAACAUAUGUUUAAUAGUCAUGGCUUGUACAUUCCUGAAAGGUCAUUUUUAAUGGAUAUGGAAGGACUACUAAUAUAUCUAAGUACAAUCAUAUCAAGCUUUAAUUGUUCUGUAUGUGGUUUUCAAGGAAGAAAUUUAGAAAGUAUUAGACAACAUGUCAAAUCUAAGGGUCAUUGUAAGAUUCCUUAUGAAACUAAAGACGAAAAAUUACGUUUGGCUAAAUAUUAUGAUUUCACAGUUGAUGAUGAAGAUAAAACAAAACGAAGUAAGAAUUCACCUACUUCGAAGAAAGUUGGAUUUAAUGAUGACCCGACAGAAUCAAUUGUCUAUAUAGAUUCCGAUGCGUCAGCUAAUGAUGAAACAUAUAAUGAUCAAGAAGAAGAAAGGGAAGAAAGUUCAACAAAUGGAGAAGAAGAAAUAAACAAUAAUUAUUCUUUAGUACACAUUGAUCCAUCUGGUGUUGAACUAACAACUCCUAUAGGUUCCAGAAUUGGACAUAGAUCAAUGCAAAGAUAUUAUCGUCAAAAUAUUGCCUUACCAGUAUCAAAUGAUGAUGAAGGUAGAAAAACUCAAGCUUUGGUUGAUAGAAGAUUUGCUUCUGGUUUAUCUUUUAGAGAAAUUUCUAAACAACAAAGGGAAACUCAAAAAAUUGAAAAUAAAAUUAAAAGUGAUCAAGUUAGAAAAAUGAAACCUAAAAAGAUCAAUUUCCAAAGACAUUUUAGAGAUGAAAUAUUGGGAACUUAA